CGCGCCUGCGUUGUGUGUCAGAUUGUACUGGCGCGGGAGACCAAAACAUUGAAACUUGCUGUAGCAGCUCCUUUAUGAAAUGGAAAAUGAAGACUUCAGUCCUUCUCUCACGCCUCCUGUAUCCCCCUACAUUGUGGAGAGCUUGAGCGAGCUGAGCCAUUCCAAGCCAUCCUCAUUCUGCUGUGUGUCGGACCACAACAGAGAUGGGGGAAGACUCUUUUCUCCAGAUGGAUACAUUGCAAGAGGAUCCCUGAAGCGACUUUUAUUAAGGCUAGAUCCCUCGCCUACUGAUUAUGAGACUGACACAGUGGACUUAUUUGGUUUUCCCUGGGUGACUGAAACAGCACUGGUAGAGUCUACCAAGCUCCUCUUCGGUUUACUCAGGCAGCAGUUACACAGAUUAGAAAACCUGAUUCAGUCAAGCUCACACGAUUUUGGACAAGCAAGCAGUGUUCAUUUUGAGGCUGAAGAAAUAAGAAAUCAUUGUGUGACGUUUCUUCUGUAUGUGAAAGUUUUUAUUUCAAGGUAUUUGGAGCCUUCUAGGGGUGUGGACAAUAGUACAGUACAUCCUUAUGAGAAGCUAGAAGCCGAGCUGCCCUCAGUCCUGCUGGGGGAACUUCAUGCCACUGUGCUGUACAUCGGGAAUCUUCGAGAUCUGCCCAGUAACAUCCAGGGGGCUUUCUCAAUACAGAACCAGGGAAAGCUGUUGCCUCCAUCCUGGCACUUGUUGCACCUCCACCUAGAUAUCCAUUGGUCAAUCCUUGAAAUUCUUCAUUUAUUGGGAGAGAAGAUGCUUGGUCAAGUAGUUUAUGCUCAUCAGUUCAUGAACCAAACUGGGGAAAACCUCACCAAUAUCAGCCUCUUUGAGGAACACUGCACCCAUCUCCUGUGUGACCUUAUUGGUUUUGCAAUAAACAAGUACACCAAGGUCAGACCAACUGAUGCUCUGACAAGCUGCCAUUAUCUGUGCAACUGUACGAAAGAACUCUGGGUAAUGAUUAUCCAUCUUCUCGACCACAGAAGCAAAGCAUCUCACACAGAGUUCUUCUGGAGUUAUUUGAACAAGCUGCUAAGGAUCCUCCUGGAGGGAACAAAUGUGGACGAAACACGGCAACAUUUCACUGCACACUGCAAGGACCCACUGGGCUUCAGCUGGUGGCUUGUUACACACCUGGCAGAGCUCUAUCAGUACAGUUUGAAUGGGGCUGUAGAAGGAAAGAAGGUAGAAGAUAACUGGAGUUUUGUUGAAGAACUUUUGAAACGUUCUUGUGAUAAUCAGGGAGGUGUCUUAGAGGAGCAAUUACGAAUGCAUCUACAGUGCUGCUUGACAUUAUGUCGAUUGUGGGAUUUCAACGUCAAAACAGUUACAUGUCUUUGGGAAUAUUACAGUAAAAACCUGAAUAAUGCCUUUACCAUCCCCUGGCUGGGUUUAAAAGGCCUGAUGAGUGUGAGUAAAACCCCGUUCUCCAUGCUGGAGCUGGUGAAGAGUUGCUGCAGUGAACAGCAAAGUCCUGAUCUUUACAGGGUGGCAAACAGCUUUCAGAUAUUCCUUCGUAUAGUGGCCCUGCAGAUGAACAAGGAGACAACCGGGACUCAUCCAUGGAAGCAGAUUAAAGGAAGAGUUUACUCCAAAUUCCAUCAACGGAAGAUGCAGGAGCUGAGCGAGGCAGGGCUCAUGAACUUCCUAAGCCUCUUCCUGGUGCUGGCAGCCACAGCCGAGGUGGAGGACGUGGUGAGCCGGGUGUCCGACCUCCUGGGCCUGCUGAACACCAGCUCCAUCUCCACCACACAGAAGGCUCUCAUCUGGAGGGGGCUCUUCGCCUUCAUCCUCCUGUACGAAGAGAAGGGCCUGGACAUCUGCGUGCUGGCUGACCAGCUAUCCCUCGCCUUCCAACAGGCAGCCAAAGAGUUCUACCUGAAGACCACAGACAACACACGCAAGCUCACCCUUUGGACUCUACUGUCCACCUACAUUGAGGGGGUCCAGGAGGUGUUUGAGACCAGCUCUUACCUGCACCUCUCAGAGGAGAAGCUGCUGAAUGAGGGCUUUGGCAUGCUUUUACCUGCCUGCCGAGAGUCGGAACUCCACACCACGCUUGGUUUCCUGCAGACGGUGCUAGCACGAUUGAGGAGUGUUUACAAACGCUCAUCUCAGUCACUUCAACAGAGCCAUACAGCUGCAGCUCAGAAGGCACCUUCUCCAUUCGUAGCUAAAGAACGCCACCUAGCCAUCGCCAGUGCACUUUGGAAGAAUUUCUUUCAUUUCCUCAAAAGCCUGAGGCUGUCACAGACACCUCCUCCCCAGCUUGCUGACACAGCUGCAGGUUUUUCAUUAUUGGCAGUGGACAUGCCCAGCACAGCUCCCUCCGACCUCCAGCCACAGCCACUCCUGUCAAUAAUGCAGAACUUCGGUUGGGACGAGAGGUUGAAUCCACAGCUCGUCUCCAGAUACCUCAGCCACCUCAUUCAAAACAGUGCCUUAGUGGCUUCCAUCUCUGGUGUUGGAUCCAGCUCAUACCAAGCCUUGUCUGUUCGGUCCUGGUUCCGCUGUGUUCUCCAGCAACACAUCAACAUGUCACCCAGUGCAGACCAAACUGACAUUGGCCAUGCUGCUUGCAAAGGGAAUACAGAUCAGCUGUCAGAGCUGACCAGACUAGUGUUUAAACUGCCCGAGAUGGAAAUGCUCCUUCUCAAGGCACAGAUUGAACAGUCUGCUGUCAAAAUGGAGCCCAGGCCUGCACUUUUCCUAUUUAUAAAGGCUGUUGGAAGGGCCUAUGCUGGAUUGCAGACAUUGGCUGAAAAGUCAGCCAUGGUUUCAAAGGCACUGGAAUAUGUCGGUGACAUCCUGAAGUACAUUAAACCUUAUUUGGUUAAUAAAGGUCCACCAGAAGGUCUCCAGUUGUCAUAUUGGUCUGUGGGGUGUCUUGUGAAGCACUGGGCUUUGAUAUUGGCCACCUCCAAAGCCCAGCAGUUGCUAUUCCGUAUUAUUGAUUGCCUGCUGCUGCCUCAUGCCCUCUUUCAGCAGGACAAAGGGAUCCCAUCCCCCUUGCUGUCUGUCUUGAGAGACAACCUUCCACUUUUCCUCCAGGGGCUGUCUGUUAUAUCAACUGCGUCCCAGACCCAGGGGGCCUACAUAAAGCAGCAGCUCCGCAAUAUAAUUCAGCAGUAUUUCGGACGUUUUCUCCCUGCAUCUCCCUCCUCUUCAGCCAUUGUGAACCACCCAGUUCUGCUUGCACUCUGUGAAUCUUCACCCAGCCCCAGGACUGCCCAGCUUCGGAGGACGGUGCUUCAGGUUAUUACUGAUGGCUACAUGCAGUUUAAAGGCCAUGCCCCUCCACCCCGCUUGGCAUCCAUCCUGUCUUUCCUUCAUGAGGUUUUGAGAAGGAGCAACGACAGUGAUCCAACCAGCUAUACAGAACCACUCACGGCUGUGCUGAAGUGCCUGAUACUCGUGAAUGAGCCACAAGUGAAGAGACUGAGCACGGAGACCCUACAGCUUGUGGUUGAGCAUUGCCAAGCAGUAGCGAGAGAAGGCCCCUGCACACAGCUCUCAUCAGUGUUAAGGCAGUUUGUCGAAGAGCACAUGGGGGUGUAUGACCUGCAGGUGUACAACGUGCUGGAGAUAGUGGCAGUCCUGGAGCAGUCCGUGGUCAUCGGCCUGAUCCCUACAACCUCUCGCUGCCUCAGAGACACAGAACACAAGAGGGGCCUCGGCAAGAACGCUUCGCAGAGAAAUGCGUAUAAAAGGCUUCUGUCUCGUCUUGGGGACGAAGGACAAGCAGAAAUCCUGAACCUCGAUAAUGAGUGACUGCUUCUUUUUUCACAAUGGUAGCAGAUCAGACCAUCGGUG